GGACGCGGGUGGGGUUACACGUGUCCGCUCCGACGCUGCCGUACACUCGCAAAGUUUCUCCUUUCACUCCAAAACUACGAUAAAAAAUAUGAAGGCUCGAGGGGCAGCCGCGUGAGUGAGGGUCCUGGGCCUGUCCUCCGCUGUGCUUUAAGACCCCUGAGGACCCCUGGGGAACUCCGGCCCGCUGCUGGCGCUGCCUGUUUGUCCACCAAUCCCGUCACGCCCCGCGCGAGCCCCACACCCCGCCUUGUGUGCACCCUGCGCUGCGCGGCCCAUCCUGGCGCCCUCCCCUCGUUACAUAGUCAGACGCCCUCAGCGCGGCGUGAGACAUGGCGUGAAUGAGGAAGGUGGCGGGCGGCACGGGCGAGGGCGGAGUGCGGCCGACCGGCGGGGCGCGGCGUCGGGGUGGCGGAGGGCGCGGGAGGACGUUCUGCCGGCCAGGAACUAGUGCGCCAGCGGGCCGCGGGGCCGGGCGGCGGCGGGUGAUGGUGGUGGUGGUGCGGGCCUUGUGAUGGUUAGACGGUGGCGCCCCGCCAGCAGGUAACCCGCGGCACCUCAGGAGAUGGUGAGGGCGUGGGUGGGGCAAGAUGCGUCGCCCCGCCCAUCCGCCAUGCCUGGCGCCGCGGUCCCCGCCGCGGUGACUCUCGCGCCCCGGACAUGAACUGAUCAGUGUGUUGCCGGAGGACGCGUGGGUGUGAGGGGGGCCCCUAGGCACGGGCCCCAGGGACACCCCCCGGCCGCCCCCAGGGGCCCCGGACCUGCUCGCCCACGCCGGCUGGGCGGCCCAGGGGCGGGGGGCGGCCAUGAACGGAAGGAUCGUGCACCAGGAGGAACUGGUGCGCGUGCACGUGGCCUCCACCACCACCACCAUCACGGCCGCCUGCAGCAGCUCAUCCAAUAGCGCCCCGCCGCCGCGCCGCGCCCUGCUGGUGGACCAGCGCGGAGGCCGUAUCACAGGACCGCUCACGGCCGAUGCCGGCGGAGAGUUUACCUUUGAGCUGAUCGAGAACUACCCCAGUCUGGGGCUGUCAGCGGUGGAUGACGGCUCGGGCACCAUCAUCAACUGGCGAGGAACUCUCAGCCAGCCCCGCGUCCACCGAUCCUCGGGGCGACGGGACAGAGACUUCCUCGACCACAAGAUCAUCCCGUCGCCCAGGACGCGCCCUACCGUCCUCGAUCCUUACCUGCCCACCUUCCAGCACCUGCUCUGCGACUACGACCUCGUUACUUCUUCUCUUCACCUCAAGAACUACCCCGUGUGUGAGAAUGAUCUCUUCGACGUCAACAUGUCAGUGCCGCCGCCAGAUGGAGCAGUGGAAGAGGACCGUGGGAGGACGGAGACCAGAGGACCACUACCGCCGGGGCCACAGAUCACGGACCACCAGGCCAGGGCGGCACUGCUGGCCCACGUGGCUGACCGCUGCUGCUGGGGUUCUGGCGCCGCUAAGAAGAUGGCCAUAGCGAAGAUUAACUACGACUCCGCCUUUCACUAUGAACUUCAAACGUUUACUGAGAAGCGAGAAACCUCUUGGGCUUUCACGCCUUACGGGGGAGGUGACGUUGACGGCCCUUCCAACGGUCCCGCGCCCCUGCCCUGGGACGUGGAGGCGCACCCUGCACACAUGUUUCACGACGAAGUUAAGGUCAUGCAGGUCCCCCACACUGCCUCUGUCAAGGAGUGCCACCGCUGUAAAGGCACCGGCUCCCUGCAGUGCUCGGAGUGUCACGGCAAGGGCUGGACACGCUGCCUCUCCUGCCACGGCGACGGCUGGUACACUGACUCCUCGGGGUAUAAGGAACGCUGCUUCUAUUGCCAGUCCUCAACUCACGGCCACGGGCGCCAGGACUGUCUCAAGUGUAACGCCAAGGGACGCGUCGCUUGCCCGCCUUGUGAUAGCUACGGCCAGAUUCGUUGCUUCAUUCGACUCACUAUCACUUGGAAGGUGAACACUUCUGAGCACAUCGUGAGGAAGGGAGCGCUGCCUGAGGCCCGCGUGAAGGAGGUGUCGGGGCAGGUGGCCUUUGAGGAGGAAGGAGCCCGCAUCCUGCCGCUCACACAGUUCCCCGAUAACACUAUUAACCUUGCCUCGUCCCAGCUCGUCAACAACCAUAAAAACGCCUUCCUGGAUGAGCGGAUCUAUGCCCAGAGGCACCAAGUCCGCAUCGUACCCGUGGCGGAGGUGGAAUACGGUUUCAAGGGCGGGCCGGGCAAGUUUUGGGUGUAUGGCUACGAGAACAUGGUUUACUGCCCUGACUACCCCCACACCUGCUGCUGGGGUUGCUGCUGUGUCAUGUAGGGCGCCAACACCUCCUGCAGCACCUCCUCCUCCUCCUCCUCCUCCUCCUCCUUCUCAAAAAAAACGUGGAUCUCCUUCUUCGAGUAUCUUCGGAUGCUUCCUCGAGGUCCUCCUUCAACGACUCUCCACAUUCCUCGCUACUCCUCGACGGUUUUCACUCCUCCUGAAGGCUCUGAAGGUGCUCCUGUAGUGGCCGCGUCAGGACGGCACUAGGAGGCUUUGCGGGGAAUUGGAUUGAAAGGUGGUGAGGUGCGAGCCGGCGCGGGGGCUUAGCCAGGUAGAGAAACAGGUAAAGGGAACAGGUAAUCUAGAGGUAACUUACACCUGUGAGCCGCCGAUGCGCUAAAGGUGGUGAAACUCAGGUAAAUUUUUUUGAUAUGUAAAACUACCCUUCCCAGACUCCCAACGGGGCCUGGGAUACCUUGAGUUUGCUUCCACGCCCCAAGAGGAUCGUGCUAAUCAUGCUAAUAACUGCCAGAACCAAGACCUUCUUCUCUUCCCACGGUGGAGUACUAGGAUCUUUUCAAAUGUGUUAGCGUGAGCGAGGCAAUAGCGGGAGUUAGAUACGCGUGUUACUGCGCCAAAAAUACUUGCUGUUACCUUGAUGGUUCACUGUAAGCUUUGUUAAAUUGUGAUUGAGGUUUUGAAUUGUCACCUCAGUCCCUACCACCAUCACCAUCACCACUAUCACCACCAUCACCACCACCAACCAUUCUAGACGCCACCACUACCAUUAGCAUCACCAUUCUAAUCACUAUCACCAUCACUUAUUCGCCAUUAGUGCUGAAUCAUCACUGUCAUCACCACUCUCAUAUCAUAUCACCAUUAUUUUCAUCACUGUGCCAUCAUUAGCAUCACUAUCAUUAUCAUUUUCACUAUUAUCAUAUUAAUGCUAAGAAGGGAGGAGGAG